AUGGCGUCCUGGACAUCGUUACCAACAGAAAUCAAGUGGAUGAUCUUCGAACUCCUGGUGGUCUCGAAAGAUCGCCAGUAUGAACCUGCCAAGCAACGAUCGAGACGCAGAGAGAUGACUAUUGGCAAUUCCCAAGGGGCAUACGCCUCAGUGUCCAACGAGUGGAGGUUGUUCUUCGAGCGCUCUAACUUUGGCAAACUGAUCCUUCACCAAGACGAUGUCGAAACCUUCGGUCGACUCGUCCAAAACACGCAACGUCCUUUGUUUGUCAAGUGGGUCUGGCUGCGUGUAGAGCUUCCGCUGUACAAUUGCGCGAAAUGUCAUCUGCCUGAAUCAGUCGAGGAGGACAAGAAUAUUGAGUUCACAUUCACAAACGCCACCUGGAGACUGCUCGAGAUCCUGUCGGAAUUUGACGCAACGCACAGUGGAAUCACACUAGAACUGAGCGCUGACUCGCCAAGCCUAACAGACCACUACGCGCAGGAAUAUGGUUCAAUAAUGAACGAUACUUCCUGGCACAGUUUGGGCGCUGUUCACACGCAUCAACCCAUCACUGAUAGCAUCCAUGGUUGGGAAAAAGGUCGCCGGGGGCCGCUAAUGCGGGAUCCUAGGAUGAGAAUCUUUGGACAUCCGAGAGGAUUGCAAUUCGAUAAGCGGUCCCCUGUUGCUCGGCGCAUGCGGAAACUACCAAAGGUCCCUGCAGUGAAGGCGUUGGUCGUCCGCUUACAGUGCUACCGACGAUUCUCGGUCCCCAAGACACUCCAUCCUAUGCUGGUGAGCUUUACCAGCCUAAGAGACCUGACUUAUGAGUCUUGGAAGGAGGGUGCCUGCCAAAUAGACAGCUCUGAAAGAGACCUUCGAGACAUUGAGCUUGAGGAGCUGUUCCUGUCCUCACUAAGCUCCAAGUAUCACAAAAGUUUGGGAAGAGUAUCCGUCUACGAAAGAUCCAUCCGCUGUCCCUGCAUACCGGCGUGCUCAUGGUGGAUUGGGUCACGGGAAAGUAAGGCUGUAGCUGCUGCUCUCGCAAUAGCCAGCAAUAACAUGGAGGAGCUGUAUAUCAAUGAUUCGGUUGACGCUUGCCACUUUUUCGAAGCAGUGAAAGCCCAGCCUAAACCGAGGGUAGUAAGUGACCUUAAGAAACUAUCAUUAUUCGCUCCACGACUUUGGCCCGAGGGAUUUGAGCGUCAACUCAAGCAAGCUGCCACGGUGGCGUACCAUAUGCCGCACCUGCGAGAAAUGGAGCUCUGGAACUACGACGAAGAGAGAUGGAGGAGCAUAUUCCGGUACCGGCGGUCCCAGGACACUCAUAGCAUAGAGUUUCAGAACUCAUGGGGGGGCUUUCUCAGUCCCAAACUUAUAGAAGCCUGGGAGGUUGUGGCACGGCACCACGGUAGUAUGCGAGACAUACAAGUUGUUCAAGAUAACAAAUUCCAAUUUCAUGGGAAGAUUGAUGCUAUGGCAGCAUUGAAAUUAGCCGAAGGAUCACUAACAGAUACAAGUCGGAGGCAAAUAUUGGGCCAGAGUGGGUAUAUAAGUUUACAAGGCGCGUGA